ACACCGACUCCGCCCCCCCCGGGUGAAUUUCGGUCUACGCCGGGUAUAAAUGAAAGUGCAUUCUGUACCGAGGAGGUUUCGCUGGUCAUCUUUGAAAAAGCUCCAACUUUAACUUAAAGUUAGUUACCUAAAACUGAGAUUUGACCGCGGCGUUAAACAAGUCAGGGAUAUGUCUUCAGCACCGACCCUUUCAGCCCCAAAUCAACACAAGCGUGUGUCUGCUCAGUCCAGCCCUGGAUUCCUGGAGCGCUUGGGUGAAACCGCAGGAGGAACUGUCACUGGUGUCGGACUGUUUUUCCUCUCGAUCUAUGUUCUUUUUACUAACGAGGGACGGGCUCUGCAAACGGCCUCCUCCCUGAAUGAGGGUCUCUCUCAGGUUGUGUCGUUGGGGCCUUUUCCCAGCCUCGACCUGCAGAACAACAACCGCUUAGUUCACCUGUCGUCACAGCUGCACACCUCACAGCCCCUCCACGACCCCAACUACGGAAUUGCAGUGCAGGCAGUGAAGCUGAGGAGGCAGGUAGAGAUGUAUCAGUGGGUGGAGUACCGGGAGAGCAAGGACUACAAAGAGAACGGGGAGACCAAAACCGAGACAACGUACUCCUACAACACAGAGUGGAAAUCCGAGCUGGUCAACAGUCGUCAUUUUGAUGAAGAAAUUGGUCACCAGAACCCAAGUGCCAUGGCAGUUGAAAGUGUCACAGUCGUGGCUCCUGAGGUCGGAGUUGGACCUUUCAGUCUGUCUAAAGGCCUCGUGGAGCAGAUUAAUAACUUCCAGACACUGAGUCUAAGGGAUUUUCCUCCCUUUCACUUGGCUCCUUAUCUCAGCAUUGAUGCUGAUUAUUUUUAUCACACUCAAUACCCACGCAGGCCAGAGGUUGGGGAUGUUCGUGUAAGAUUCUCCUUUGCUGGACUGAGUGCAGAGACGUCUCCGCUCGGCCGGGCCCAAACUGUCAGCGUAGUGGCCAUGCAGAGAGAAGAGCAGCUGAUUCCUUUUAGAACCAAAUCAGGAGACACUCUGGAGAUCCUGUACCUGGAGGAGCUCUCUGCAGAGGAUGUUUUUAUGAAAGAGCUGCAGUACAACAGCAUGAAGACAUGGGCACUCAGGGCUGCAGGCUGGGCCCUGAUGUUCCUCAGUAUUCAGCUGACCAUGCGUAUCAUCUACACACUGGUGGAUUGGGUCCCCGUUCUCAGAGAGCUUGUGUCUGUGGGGCUGAAGGUCUUCGCCCUGUGUGUGUCCUGCUCUCUGUCCCUCCUCACCAUCGGCGCAGGUUGGCUUUUUUACCGACCGUUAUUGGCCGCGGCUCUGGGGGCGCUUGCUCUGCUACCGAUGUUUCUCGCCAGGUCGCAACUUCCAGCCAAGAAAAACGACUGACUUUGAGACUGAUGAGCGUCACAACGACACUCAUCAGUCUGGUUGCAGCUGUUAGUUGGAGAAAUGCUGCUCCCCCCCCCACAGCUGUGUUAUAGAUCAAACAGGACUGGCUUCAGUGGGUAAAACAGACGUUCAAUGGGAAUGAAAGUGUAGUUAUGUUAAAGACAUUUCCACUAGCUUUAGUUUGACGUGCUGUUCAAAUGUAUUAUACUGAGAAGUGAUUUAUAUUUAUUGAAGGUUUCCAAACUGAAGGAUGUUAGAGCUUUGUUUGAAAGAAAUGCCAAAGAACAGAAUGUGCACUCUGUAUUGUUUUAUACGCAUGUUAAAUAAACCAUUGCCGACAA